AUGUCAUUUGAAUCACCAUUAACCGGAACAACAGAAAAGGCUAUCGUCAUUGAAGAUCAUUCAGAACCAAAACUCUAUGCUCUCGUUAUUGGUAUCAACAACUAUAAACACAUCACGCCUCUCGACGGGGCAGCAAGCGACGCGGACGAAAUAUUCAAAUUCUUGACUUUUGAUCUCAAAGUGCCUCCGAAUCAUAUUAUCAACUUGCGCAACGAGCAGGCAUCCCGCGUGAACAUAUUACAAGGAUUCCGAAGCCUCGUACAUGACCCGCGCAUCAAAAAUGGAGACCCGAUCUUGAUCUUCUACGCCGGACAUGGUGGCUCAUAUCAGCCCUCCAGGCAGCAGAAGAGACUGUACGGGGCAGGGAAAAUUCAAGUGAUUUUCCCUCAGGAUUAUAAAUUCCCAAUUCCAGGCUCUACGGAGCUCGUCAACUGUAUUCCGGACAAGACUAUUGGUGUUCUGUUGAAUGAAAUUGCGGCGGCAAAGGGGAACAACUUGACCGUGAUCUUUGAUUGCUGCCACUCUGCCUCGGCCACUCGCACAAGCUUUCCCGACGACGGAACAAGGCAAUCACGUAGUGCCGAGGUUACUAUGGACAUUCCAGAGGAUAUCGAUAGUGACAUUUUUGCACCGAAACCGAGUUUUAACUUUCAGCUGCCCACGCGAUAUUCGUCGACUGGAAUACCUUUUUGCACCAACCAGUCUUCCCAUGUUCAUCUUGCAGCGUGCGGAGACGAAGAAAAGGCAUGGGAAGAAAAGGGUCGAGGCGCCUUUACCGUUGCGUUGUUGAAAAACAUUCGAGCGCAUGGGGUGGAUAAAAUCACGUACCGUGACCUGAUGAUUUCUUUACCUAAUCUUCCAAGACAAUCUCCACAUUGUUACGGGGCUCAUACUACUCGCAACAUUUUCAACUCUCGAGUGCCCUCUCGGCGUGUUAUAUUUAUUCCCGCAAAGUUCGAGCGGGGUUCACUACUUCUUCAAGCCGGAGCCGCAUCGGGCGUAACCUUCCAAUCCAUCUGGGAGGUCUACGGUUUCCCGACGCAGGAUGCUCCUUCCUUGGGUAGAUUUUAUGCCCAAGUUCCAAAGGUGGCAGUUACCGAACUGAAACCUGAGAACGAGGAUCAGGCCCCGUUGGAGCCGACCGAUGGGAGACUGUAUGCACGACAAGUCGCUAAAGCUGCUAUUUUCGAGUCUUCAGGCUCUGACAGCGGAGCUACCGAGCCUGGAUUUAACGGGAGUGAAGUGGGGUAUGUUGCCCAUGAGGAACGCGAUAGUGCCGAUAUUACUGUCGAGCUCGACGAUUCAGGAAAAGUUGCCUUUUGUAUAAACGACCCCCGGGCCGAGGAACACGGCCUAGCUACCUUGAAGUAUCGCAAACCUGCGCAGCGCAAGGAAGUUGAAAAAGUGUUAUUUGCCGCUGCCAAGUGGCAUUGGCAUCUUCAUCGUGCGCCGGAUAACGCCAAGGAAAGAGUCACUAUCGAGUUGGUAAAGCUCCCAGAGGUAAACGAAGACGCAAAUGAUUUUGGUGACGACAAGAAUGCACCAGAAGAUUCGUAUGAAGUCCUCGACUCAGAAACAGGGGUCGUGGACUUGGUGGUCCAACCGGACAUUCCCUAUGGGGGUUCUACUUCAAUCUCGCAAAUUUUGCUAUCUUCCUACUAUAUAGAUCCAUUGCUAGGGUCUGUUUCAGGCAACGCUCUCACCGAUCCCGAGCUGCCUGCACGCAAUUAUAUUAUAAUCGGUCGCGAUAUGGGCGACGAGAUAAUUUUUAUGCUCGAACCAGGUGUAAAAAUGGAGCUAGGUUACUUCAAGCUGUUCUGGUCAACGGACUCGCUAGAGUUAUACAUUGGCCAGGACUCGCCGUUCGACCAACCUGCAGAUUCACCCGAACCCGAGAGAGAAGUAGUAUCCGGCUAUGGUUUGUUCAGGAGAGAUUGGGGAACUGCACUCCUAGGUCUUGUGCAGAGGGCCGCUUGA